CCUCCUCACAGAUCUCUCUUCUUUUGCUGUGUUCUUUUCCACAGAAGCACCAAGGCAACUCAGAAGCCCCGUCUGCGGCAGCAGCGGCUCUGCCUCCAACUAGGCAAUUCUUAAACUGUUUAGAUGGCCACACAAUACACGCCAAAGCACAUCCUCAUCACUGGGGCUGCAGGCUUCAUUGCGUCUCAUGUAUGCAACCGACUCAUUCGAAACUAUCCACACUACAAGAUUGUAGUUCUUGACAAGCUUGAUUAUUGCUCAAGCCUAAAGAACCUGAACCCCUCGCGUUCAUCGGCCAACUUCAAGUUCAUCAAGGGAGAUAUUGCCAGUGAUGAUCUGGUGAACUUCAUCCUCCUUACUGAGUCAAUUGAUACAAUUAUGCACUUUGCAGCCCAGACACAUGUUGACAACUCCUUCGGGAACAGUUUUGAAUUCACCAAGAACAACGUUUAUGGCACUCAUGUCCUUCUAGAAGCCUGCAAAGGCAAUGGUGAAAUUAAGAGGUUUAUCCAUGUAAGCACCGAUGAGGUUUAUGGAGAGACAGAUGAGGAUGCUGUUGUAGGAAACCAUGAGGCUUCUCAGCUUCUGCCAACAAAUCCAUAUUCAGCCACAAAAGCUGGAGCAGAGAUGCUUGUCAUGGCAUAUGGGCGCUCAUACGGAUUGCCCGUGAUAACUACUAGAGGAAACAAUGUCUAUGGGCCCAAUCAAUUUCCAGAAAAGCUAAUCCCAAAAUUUUUCCUCUUGGCUAUGAAAGGAAAGUCUCUUCCAAUUCAUGGGGAUGGAUCAAAUGUCAGGAGUUAUCUCUAUUGUGAGGAUGUUGCAGAGGCCUUUGAAGUCAUUCUCCAUAAAGGAGAAGUAGGACAUGUCUACAAUAUUGGCACGAAGAAAGAGAGGAGAGUGAUUGAUGUGGCCCGCGACAUUUGCAAACUCUUCUCUUUGAACCCAGAUACGCAGAUUAAGUUUGUGGAGAAUAGGCCAUUCAAUGACCAGAGAUAUUUCUUGGAUGAUCAGAAGCUCAAAAGCUUGGGUUGGUUUGAAAGGACUGCAUGGGAGGAAGGGCUUAGGAAGACAAUGGAAUGGUAUGUUAGAAAUCCUGAGUGGUGGGGAGAUGUUUCUGGAGCACUGCUUCCUCAUCCAAGGAUGCUUAUGGUUCCUGGAAUUGAAAGGCAAUUUAGUACACCUGAUAUGAGCAAUCCUGAUUUCGCUUCUAUGGUAAAUAAUUUCAAUCAGGCAAAGAUGGUGGUCCCAACUCCAAAGAACAAUCCAUCUCUGCACAAGCCAUCAUUGAAGUUCUUGAUUUAUGGCAGAACAGGGUGGAUUGGAGGCCUUCUUGGAAAGAUAUGUGAGAAGCAAGGGAUUCCUUAUGAUUAUGGGAGAGGACGUUUGGAGGAGCGAUCACAACUCUUGGCUGAUAUUAAGUCUGUUAAGCCAACCCAUGUUUUCAAUGCAGCUGGAGUGACGGGUAGACCCAAUGUGGAUUGGUGUGAAACUCAUAAAAUAGAAACAAUUCGAACCAAUGUUGUAGGUGCAUUAACGUUGGCAGAUGUUUGCAGGGAACAUGGCCUUCUAAUGAUUAAUUAUGCCACUGGUUGUAUUUUUGAGUAUGAAGCUACACAUCCAUUGGGGUCAGGAAUUGGGUUCAAGGAGGAGGACAGGCCCAAUUUUACUGGUUCUUUCUAUUCCAAAACCAAGUCUAUGGUUGAAGAGCUUUUGAGAGAAUAUGACAAUGUUUGCACUCUAAGAGUUCGGAUGCCCAUAUCAUCAGAUCUCAGCAAUCCACGUAAUUUCAUCACAAAGAUUACACGAUAUAAUAAAGUGGUCGACAUUCCAAAUAGCAUGACCAUAUUGGAUGAACUUCUACCCAUUUCCAUUGAGAUGGCAAAAAGGAACUUAAGGGGAAUAUGGAACUUCACAAACCCAGGGGUGGUGAGUCAUAAUGAGAUCCUGCAGAUGUAUAAGGACUUUAUAGACCCAAGUUUCAAGUGGGUAAAUUUCACACUAGAAGAACAAGCUAAGGUUAUUGUUGCACCCCGAAGCAACAAUGAGUUGGACGCAUCAAAGUUAAAGAAAGAGUUCCCUGAGAUGUUAUCAAUUAAGGAGUCGCUGAUAAAAUAUGUCUUUGAACCGAACAACAAAUUCAUUGCAGGUAGCGCACCAAAAUGAACAUUGUGUGAAUUUAAACGCAGGAUGGAUCUCUGCAUUGUUAAGGGAUAAUUCCAUUGGGUAAUGUUCUCGUAAGAUCCUGGUUUGGUGAUUGUUAUGUUUCUUUACAAAAGUCUCCAGUACGUACUGCAGCUUUCAAUGUAUUGUUUUGGAUCGAAUUAUUGAAUUAUUUAUUCAGUAAAGAUUCAUUUUAUUU